GUUGAGCUUAGUAGGUGAACAUCGGUAGUUUUGGUAUAAGUAAAAACUGUUUGAGUGAAUAAGGUGUGAAAUUCAGCUGUUAUCGAUGAAAAUGUCGUUUUCUAAUGAUCCUCCUGCUUGGGAUCCUAGCAAUGGCACGGAUUUUCCUUCAUAUCCUCCAGCAGAUAUUACAGCAGGAUAUGGUCCUUUAUGGGAUCCCCAUCACUGUCUCAGUGCUGCUGCAGUAGCUGGUCAAAACCAUCCUUCAGCUGGUCUCUCCAACUACCCUGAUAUUUUAAGCGCAGCUUUCAACUCUGACUUGGUAUGGCCUCGUCAACAAUGUGGAGGUAUGGUUUCAAAUAGACUAGCCAGAAAUGGACCAAACAGUAUCACAUCUACCAAAAAACCCAGAAGAAGGGUCGCCACAUUGGCCCAAAGGAGAGCAGCUAAUAUAAGGGAGAGAAGAAGAAUGUUCAACUUAAAUGAAGCAUUCGAUAAACUCAGGAGAAAGGUUCCCACUUUCGCUUAUGAGAAAAGACUUUCCCGAAUAGAAACAUUGAGACUUGCUAUUACAUACAUAAGUUUCAUGGCAGAGUUACUUCAUGGACCACCUCAUGAUCACAAGGGUUCAGAUAUAUAUUCACAGCGGGAAUAUAUCCCUUAUGGUCUCAUCAACUGAUGCCUGUGAUAAAUAGUAGGCAGAUCCUACCCAUUCUAGUCUUCCAAACUUAUUUCAUAAGAUUGUAGUUUAACGAUUAAUACCAAUGUGCAAUAUAAAAAUGAACAACUUAUGAAAAUAGAUUUUUAAUUUAUUCAAACACAUCUUGUAUAACAAUAUAGAAAAAUGAUAAAAUGGAGGGACACACCAAUUUGAAAGAUUUAAAGUUACAUAUAUUAUUUCACAUAAAUUAAUAUAAAAUAUAUAUUUAUACGUACAUCUUGUUAACAGUUAGUUUUGGAUUUUAUCGAAGAUAUCAGAAAAAUAGUCAACAGUUGUCACUUCACAUUUAGAGUUAAAAAUAUAUUCAUUUCAUAGUUGUUUCUACAUAUACAUUAAUAUAUUUAUUUCCUUAAGAGUAAGAUAGAUGCCUUGUAUUCUUGACUAUAGAAUUCUCUUAAAGGAAUAAGUAUUUUUGUUUUGAAUCACAAAAAGGGUCCUAUAUAGUGAGCAAGAAUCUUGAUAUCAGUUCAAAGUUUGUUCUUAUCACAGUGAAUAAAAAAAAAUUGAUGCUUUAUUACCUCGCCAUUUUUCUUUGGUUACUGUGAAGUUUCUGAAGGAAAGAGUAAGGAAAGUGAACCUUAAGGUCAUACGAAGUGAACAAUAGUUCCAAAAAAAAAAAAGUGAAAGUAUAUACAUACAAAA